CACAAAAAUGUAUUAAUGUAUUAUUUAAAUGAAGAUGGAAAUCGAGUAUACACAUUAAAAAAAAUUGAUCCAAAUGGAAAACCGACAUUAUCAGCCCAUCCAGCACGAUUUUCUCCAGAAGAUAAAUAUUCAAGAGAAAGAAUAACAUUAAAAAGAAGAUUUGGUUUGUUACUCACACAACAACCAGCACCUACUUACUAAUAUUUAUAUAAUUUUAUAUGUAUCAUUUUAUCUGUAUUUAAUAUAAAUUAUAUUUGAAAUGCAAUAAAUAUUUUAUAUAUAAUGGA